CCGCCGCGGCCGCUGCAGCGGCCCUGCCGGCAGCGGCACCCGUCCUGGCGGCGCCACCAGCCGCCGCGCUCUCGCCGAGCCCGAGCUUGCCCCAGGCAGCGAGCCCUGGGCUGCCGCAGCAGCAGCCAGCGGCAACGAUGGCCGAGCUCACCGUGCCCGGCGAGGAGCUGGAGCAGGGCGUGGCCCGCUUCGUGGCCCUGGUGGCCGCCGGUCGCGGCAGGCCCCGGCAGGUCGCGCUGCCGCCGGCCUCCAGGCACUGGGCCCAGGCCGACCCGGCCGCCUUCCCGUGGGUCCCCGAGCUGCAGCGGCUGCUCCGGCAGCACUGGGGCCACGACGACCUGCGGGGCCUGCAGCUCCCGGUGAUCAACGCCCUGCUCAGCGGGAAGGACGUCUUCACCGUGAUGCCGACCGGCGCGGGGAAGUCUCUGUGCUACCAGUUGCCGAUUCUCCUCCAGACGGGAGUCGCUGUAGUGGUGUCACCGCUGCUGAGCCUCAUGCAAGAUCAGGUGCAAGCCCUGCAGACGCGCGCGGUGAAGGCCGCGAGGCUGGGCAGUGACACGUCCAAGGCGGAGGAGGCCCAGGUGCUCGCCGACCUCGAGGCCGGCAACCUGUCCCUCCUCUACGUGUCCCCGGAGCGGAUGGUCUAUUCCAGCGAGAAUUGCCACAGGCUCACCCGCGCGCUGCGGCAGAAGCACGGCGAGAGGUGCCUACGCUACUUCGUGCUGGACGAGGCCCACUGCAUCUCGCAGUGGGGCCUGGACUUCCGGAAGCAGUACAGGCAGCUCAGCUGCCUGCGGCGCGACUACCCAGGCGUGCCUAUCCUGGCCGCCACCGCCUCGGCGACGGAAAGGGUCAAGAAGGACGUUAUCAGGAGCCUGGACAUGCAGCAGGCCGUGCAGUUCCAGGACACGUUCGACCGGCCGAACCUGUUCCUCGAGGUGCGCCAGAAGGCCUCGGAUGCGAAGGUGCCUUACUGCAUCCCCGAGCCGCACCACACCAGCGACGCUACGGAGUUCGACACGCCGAACCUUGCCCAAGUCGUCGCCGCGUCCUUCGACAUGGAGACGGCGCUGGGCGCGGCCAUCCUGCCAACCUUUCACAUCGCGAUCUGCAGGCGGGCGGCGCCCCUCGAGGUCUGGAUCGGGGCUCCAGCGCGCCUCGACUCCCCCCCCAUCGUCCUGUCGGGCGAUGGUGAACUGUGGAGUUCCCAGUUCCUGCAUCCGUCAAGGCGGAUGCCCGACCGCAAGAAGGAGAAGAAGGCCAAGCAGGAUGGCAAGGAUGCGUUCGCCCCCCCGCGGAGGUCUCAGAAAAAGGGCGACUCCGACUCCUUCGCGGACUCGGCCGUUGAGGGGCAGGCUUCCGCCGGCAGCAACAUCGACGACAGUAUCCUCCGGCAGCUGGACCUCGCUGCCACGCCCCCCGUCGACGAAGUCGGCGGCUGCCCUGCGCCCGACGCUGCGUUGGAGAACGGCCGGCCCCAGCCGCGCCCUGCCCCCACCGCGCCCCGUCACGCUGCGGACGGCGCAGGCAACGGCGGGAGAGGCGUGGCGGGCCCUUGGAUGCGACCUGCCAUCUCUCACAGUGCGCGGGAGACUCAGGCUGAGAAGUUCGGCAAGUUCGGGCGUGGUCAUCGAUCGAAGCUGCCCUCCCGCGUUCAGUCGCAGCCGUGGCUCGAAGAGCGCGGAUACCAGCUGGGGCGCGACCGCAGGGUCGAGGGCCCCCAGUCGCCCAGGAACUUCGCGCUGCGCUUUGGCACCGGCACGGGCGAGACGCGCCUCGCUGCGGAAAUAUACGUUGGCCUCGACAAAACCAAGCAGGACAUUGCCUGGGAGCGCGCAUGCAAGCAGCUCAAGACCUCCCUCUCGAGCUUCCUGCAGAAGGACAUCUUUCAGUGGCAGCCCACUGCGAAGGUGGAAGUGCUCCCGUGCGACCCGCCGACGGCCCGCUGGAAUGCGGCGUCGCUGGCGGACCUCGGUUUGGAGCGCGCGCAGUCGGCCUCCGCGGCUGACCGCAUCUUGAUUUAG